AUGGAUUCCCCUUCCCAGAUCGGCUACAGCACCCAGGACCAGUGGUACUGGCGCAGCUCAGACUCCGAGUUCUACAGCACCACCUCUCCAGAAGCCGUAUCCCCAGACUGCUGCCUGGAGCCCACGACACCCAAGUUCCCGGCCCCGAGCAGGCUGAGGGGCCCCCCCAGGAGGAAGGUGGGCAGAACCCGAUGUAGGAACACCAGCAAGCAGCGGCAGAGCGCCAGUGAGAAGGAGAAGCUGAGGAUGAGGGACCUGACCAAGGCGCUCCACCACCUCAGGACCUACCUGCCCCCCUCUUUCGCUCCAGUCGGACAGACCCUGACCAAAAUCGAGACCCUGCGUCUCGCCAUCCGCUACAUCAACCACCUGUCGGCCCAGCUGGGUGACACGGAAGAGAACCUGCACUCGUCUCAGAAGGAUCUCGCAGCCCUGGAGUGCCAACAUGCACCAGACCUCAUGAUGUUGUGCCAGUCCAGCUCGUUGGAGGGCCGCUGGGGGCACAGUGAGGAGGAUCAUGUGGGGCAGUAUCACAGCCCAAUCCUGGCCUCCCCAGCUGCGGAAAUGGAGCAUGGUCAGCUUAGCGGGACCCUGGGACUUACGGUACAGGAAGACAUCUUUAACUCCAGCCUGGAGUCCCUGUUGGAGUCGCCAGAGUACAGACAGUCCACUCAGGACUAUCAGAUCUACAACAGAGACUUUGGCUGCCAAAGAUUUCAUCAAGAGCUCUGGAUAUGA